AUGCGGAGGCGGGGCCGGGUGGGGAAAGAUAAAGUAGGAGGAGCCUGGACCUGCCUGCUCCAGGCUGAGCUGGUAAAUUAUGAGCGAGUCAAGGAGUAUUGCCUCAAGGUCCUGAAGAAGGAAGGAGAGAACUUCAAGGCCCUUUACAGAUCUGGCGUGGCCUUCUAUCAUCUUGGGGACUAUGACAAAGCUCUCUACUACCUAAAAGAAGCAAGGACCCGACAACCAACAGACACCAAUGUGAUUCGGUACAUCCAGCUGACGGAGAUGAAGCUCAGCAGAUGUUUGCAAAGAGAGAAAGAAGCCGUGUAA